AUGGGGAACUUGCUGCCAAGGGAAGACAGGAGGCAGCAGAACACUCAAGAGACACCCUGGAAUCUGAGAAGUCAAAGCCCCAAACUGAGAAUAUCCAGAUGCUCGGACUGCCGCAUCGCUGAAGCGUGUUUCUGCCUUCCAUGGAAGAAAAUACACCUUUUUGAAGCAAGACAAGACUCCCGAAAGCAAAAUGAAGAAACAUCAUCUGCUCCCAUCCAGCAAGACAAUGGUGACCACGGCUCCUCGGAGGAUCUGUGCUACACCCUCAUCGAUCACAGCGUCCUCGGGAAAAGGCCGUCAGGACUCUCUGCUGAGGAAUCUUAUGAGAACGUUUCCCUCAAGGCUGAGAGGCCCAGAGCAUCGCCAGGAGGAACCGGGACUGAGUACUCACUCCUUCGUGUGCCCUCCACCCCUAAGCACCCACCCUCCCCAGAGGACGAGUACGAACUUCUCAUGCCCGACAAAAUCUUCCCUCACUCCCUGAAACAGCCACAUCCACUUGUGCCCCCUUCUCAGGCUCAGUUUUCUCAUUUCUAA